CGAGGAAGACGAGGAGGAGGUCUUCGACUCGCCGCGGACGGGGAGAGCGCGAGCGCGGCGCCGCUCGGAUGGCGGGGAUGGCGGACCCCGGGGGCGGAGGACGAUGGCGCGCCGUCGCGUCGUCGUCGUCGGCGUCGUCGACGUCGGCGUCGUCGGCGUCUUUAUCGUCGACGAUUAUUCAUCUGAUGAAUCAUCGUCGGAGCGCGGUGGUCGCGCGACGGCCGUCCGACGACGACGAAACGCGACGACGCGGACGCGGGUCGCUCGCGACGAUGCGCGGCGUCGGCAGCGGGUUCGGAAAGUGGAUGCAGAAGACGUACCCGGAGUGCUUCGAGACCCACGGAGGCUUGCGCGGCCAGGGCGACGGCGGAGGCGGCCGAGGAGGAAGAGGUCGAGGCGGAAGAGGGACCGCGGGCCGAGGCGGCGGCAGACCCGUGGAUCCACAGCGCACACAGCUGGGGACGUACGACCACGUCUACGUCGACGUCAACAACGUCCUCCACGUCGCCGCGCAUCACACCAAGACCGAGGAGGCGUUCUUCAAGAAGCUCUUCGCGCUGCUCGAUCGCACGAUGCGCCUCACGCGCCCGCAGUACACCGUCACGCUCGCGCUCGACGGACCCGCGCCCAUCGCGAAGACGAUCACGCAGCGCCGCCGACGCAUCCGCCUGUCGAGCGGCGAGAAAGUGCCGCUCUCCGAGGACGCGCCGCGGCUCCUGAAGAUCGGGCUCACGCCCGGGUCCACGCUCGCGCUGCGGAUCGACAGAGCGCUUGAGUACUACGCGGCGACGCGUUUGCUGUCGAGAAACCAUCUCCCGAGGGGCGUCCUGUUUGAAAUCUCCGGGACGCGCGUGCCGGGCGAGGGCGAGGUGAAGGUGCUGCGGAGCAUGAAGACCAGGGAGAAGAACGCGCGGUUCAAGGGCCACUCGCAUCUCAUCGUGAGCGAGGACAGCGACGCGCUGCUGCUCGCGCUGACCGCGGAGCCCGCCAACGUGUUCGUGCUGUCUUCCAAGGUGCGUUCUAUCUCACACUGGUCCCCGUACGACCCCGUUCGCGUGGUGAACGCCGUUUCUUAA